UGGAUUUUCUUAACAAAGUCACAACAGAAGAAUUGAAGAACCAGCGAGUAAUUGAUGAGAGAGAGUAGUUUUCUUUUAUUAGUAGGUUUUGUCUUAAAUAAGAUUUGUCUAGCAGAGUCCAUGGCGGCGUUGCAGAGGCUCUAAUUCCGUGCAUUAUUACGGGGAUUCAUUGGAGAUCCUAGUCAAGCAAACCAUUUUUUUUAACCUUAAACGCUGUCAAGAAACCCCAGGUUCCCAACAACAACAACAAGAACAGUCCUAUCCUACGUACUACUGUCACUUAUAGAGAGAGAGAAAAAAAAAACCCGAAGAACCCUGUAAUCAAGAUCAAAUUUUGGGUAUUGGGUUUGUCUCUGCUAUGGAUUUUUGUUCUAAAUUGAGGUGGGUUUCAGAUAAUAGUGGGAGUGAAGAAUGGCAGGGUUGUUUUAUUUGAGUGGUGUAGGGAGAGGAGGAGGAGGGACAAGCAAGGGAGGAGAAGAGAAAGAUCAAGAGAAUAAUUAUAACAAUAGUAAUAAUAAUAAUAAUAAUUAUAUUCAUGAUAACCACUUGUAUUUGUACAGGAACGAAGAGAUCUACAACAAGAGGUUUGAGAUAUGGCCAGACCACCACCACAUGACCAACUACUCAACGUUUGGUGUUGGCCCUAGUAGCAAUAGAAGAACUACUGGAACAACCACCUUAAACUUCUCUUCUUUUGAUGAUCAGUCAUCAAAAUCAGCAGGAUUUAUGAGGGGAUUUGGAGGUGGUGGUGGUGGAGGUAUGAAUUGUCAAGAUUGUGGAAACCAAUCAAAGAAAGAUUGUCCACAUAUGAGAUGUAGAACUUGUUGUAAGAGCCGAGGGUUUCAGUGCCAAACACACGUCAAAAGCACUUGGGUCGCCGCUGCUAAAAGGCGUGAACGUCAACAACAGCAAGGUCAACAACAACAAGUAGGUCACGAGAACCCCAAAAGGCAUAGAGAGAACAUCAAUCAAGCCGGUGCUUCCUCCUCUCUUGCUUGCUAUACUCGUUCAGGGUUGGAAGUCGCGAGUCAAUUCCCGUCGGAAGUCAACUCACCGGCAGAUUUUCGGUGCGUGAGAGUCAGCGCAAUCGAAGAUGCGGACGAGCAGUUUGCGUAUCAAACGGCUGUGAACAUAGGAGGGCAUGUGUUUAGGGGAAUUCUAUACGAUCAAGGUCCCGAUGCCCGCUACGGUGGUGGUGGCGGUGGAGAGAGCUCAUCAGGCGGUAGUGGAGCUCAUCAUCAUCAUCAACAGCUCAAUUUGAUCAACACCACCACAACAACCACCGGGACUAGCAACCAACUGCUUGAUCCUUCUAUGUACCCAGCUCAACUAAAUGCUUUUAUUGCUGGUACGCAAUUCUUCCCACCUCCAAGGCCUUAAUUUAAUAAAAAAAUUAAUCAAGGAACCUCGUUUUGUCUCUUGUUAAUUAGUCUAAUGUUGGAGAAUGCAGAUGAUUUUGUUGGAAUUUAAAUCCGGAAUUUCAUGGGUUAUUGUUAUUUAAUUUUGAUAUCUUAUCCAAUCAAGCCCCCAUUUUGUGGAAUUGUGUGGCAGGUGGAUUUGUGCAUUCAAAUAUUUUGUUUUUUUUUUUGG